AUGAACCAGCACGGCCAAUCUGGCGGCGGCGAAGCGCAGGCAUACUACCAGGGGCAGCCACAGCAGUACCAAAUGGAUCAGCAGUACAAGCAGCCCUACCAGCAGCCUCCUCCAAACUAUGCUCAGAACUACGGACAGCAACAAAACUAUGCCCAACAGGAAUAUGGAGGCAAGCCAUUCACUCAAGCGUUCAAAGUGGACCGCCCCAAGUGGAACGAUAUCUGGGCUGGCAUCCUCCUGAUUCUGGUCUUCGGAGGCUUUGUUGUAGUGUCCGGCUACACACUUUCGGCAUAUGCGUCGACCGGCAACUUCCAAGGCGGCGGAUUCAAUGACUCCAGCAACACAUUCUCUCUGAACACAAACACCCUCGUACUCUUCGCCUUCAUUCUGGUCACCGCUCUAGUCCUGGGAUAUGCAUACGUCAGCCUGGCGCGUCUCUUCACCAAGCAGUUCAUAUGGAUCUCGGGAAUCUUGAACAUCGUCAUGUCGUUCGCGACCGCCAUCUACUACUUUUACAGACGCGCCUGGGUCGGAGGUGCACUGUGGCUGGUCGUCGCAGUGUUUAGCAUCAUCUGCUUCAUUUCUUGGAUCAAGCGCAUUCCUUUCAGUGUGCUCAUGUUCCAGACGGCAGUCGACGUAUCGCGCAAGCAUGGACAUGUGUAUCUUGUCUCAUUCCUGGGAGGCUUGGCCGCGGCUGCUUUCAGCGCUUGGUUCGCGGCGACUCUUGUAGCCGUAUACGUGCGUUUCGAGCCAGGCCAGAAUCCAUCAUGUGCUACGAGUGCUGGAGGUGGUGGUAGCUGUAGCUCGGCAACCGUCAUCGGACUGCUAAUCUACAUUACUUUUGCUGGAUACUGGAUUACCGAAUGGCUCAAGAACACGAUCCACACCACCAUCUCAGGGGUCUAUGGAGCUUGGUACUUUGCGCCAAACAACCCAUCGACUGGUGCAACCCGAGGAGCAGCGCGUCGCGCCUUGACGUACUCCUUCGGCUCCAUCAGCCUGGGCAGUCUGCUGGUAGCGAUUCUUGACCUGCUGCGGUUCGCAUGCUCGGUGGCUCGGAACCAGGGAGGUACUGGAAACGGUAUCGCCGAUUGUGCCUUCUGCAUCCUGGGGUGCAUCCUUGGACUCGUCCAGUGGGCUCUCGAGUUCGUGAACCGUUAUGCUUUCAGCUACAUGGCAUUGUACGGGAAGGCCUACUUCGCUUCAGCCAAAGACACCUGGCGCAUGAUCAAGGACCGCGGCAUUGACGCGCUCAUUAAUGAGUGUCUUGUUGGUCCGGUCUUGUCUAUGGGCUGCUUGUUCGUUGCCGUAUGCUGUGCACUUAUCGCCUACGUAUAUCUGGAUGUCACCGACCCAGCGUAUAACGAAGGCGGCAGCUUCACUGCGGUCAUCGUUCUUUACGCAUUCCUCAUCGGCCUCCAGGUUUCCGGAUGCUUUGUCGUGCCAUUGAACAGCGGCAUCGACACCAUUUUCGUUGCAGCUGCUUGGGACCCACAAGUUCUCAUGCAGGAGCACCCAGAAUUGUACAGCAAGAUGAUUGCUGUAUAUCCCCACGUUCAGCAAGCUAUACAUGCAUGA